GAACAGGUAGGAGUUGAUUUUCUCUCUCAACAUGAAGUACUGUCUGCUUGCCUUGACCGCCCUCGUCGCUGUUGGCUCCGUCAGCUCACAGUCGGAGCCAUGGUGCCGCUGUGCGCUGUUCGUGUCGUCCAGCAGCGCAGAAAUUAUGGUCUACGAGCUGCCUGAGGUCGCCAUCACCGACUGCAACAGCCACAACCAGUGUAAGAACCGCUGCACAAAGGAGUUCAACGAAAUGACUAACGAAAUGGAUUUAUGGUCUACCAUGAAUGGAGAGACUGUCGGCCAAUUCAUCUGCCAGAAUCUGUACGGAAAUUUCGUCUUCUUCAUCCACAACUCCUACGUUCACGCUUAUUACGAGAUGUGUGGAGGACCUUGGGAAUACGCCGGCCUCGACUCCCAGCAGAUGCUGUGCUGCAACAUGGGUCAGCAUGAGCAUUGCGUUAGCCGUUAAUAUGGUUGUUGCUAAUAAAUGACUAAAAACGUA